GUUGUAAUGGCUUCAUUUUCAUGUGGCCCUCGGGGCAGGCUGUAAUUUGGCGGGAUCGGUUAGCGGUGCUGCUCUCACCGUCACCAAGCAAAGCAGCUUCUCGAAAACCAUUAUCAUGACUUCUAGAACAUCAGCUGCCUCAUUCAUGCGUGCUGUGCGGGUCUAUAAAUUUGGUGGACCAUCAGAGCUCAAGUUGGAGAUGGAUAUUCCCAUACCUAACCCAGGUGAAAAUCAGGUUCUAAUCAAAGUUCAUGCUUGUGGAGUAAAUCCAGUUGAAACUUACAUGCGUGCUGGAACCUAUCCUAGGAAGCCAUCUCUGCCCUGGAUUCCUGGAAAUGAUGUGGCAGGAGUUGUGGAACAAGUGGGACAAUUUGUCAGCAAAUUUAAGAAAGGGGACCGUGUUUUCACAUGUGGAACCAUCACUGGUGGAUAUGCUGAGUAUUCAGUUGCUUCGGAGAACCGUGUUUACCACUUGCCAGAAAAUCUUAACUACAAGCAAGGAUCAGCUAUUGGAAUUCCUUACUUCACUGCAUAUCGAGCACUCUUCCACAAAGCCCAUGUGAAGGCUGGAGAAACUGUUCUAAUUCAUGGAGCAAGUGGAGGGGUUGGGAUAGCAGCGUGCCAGAUUGCCAGAGCUUACGGCCUGAAGGUUCUUGGGACAGCUGGGACUCAGGAAGGACUCAGUCUGGUUCAAAAGAAUGGAGCUCACAAGACUUUCAACCACAGGGAGACUGGCUACAUUGAUAAGAUCAAGGAUUAUACUGAUGGUCAAGGAGUAGAUGUGAUCAUUGAAAUGUUGUCCAAUGUGAAUCUGAGCAAUGAUCUUCAACUGCUUGCAGCUGGUGGCCGAGUGACUAUUGUAGGCUGCAGAGGUAGCAUUGAGAUAAACCCCAGGGAUACAAUGGCUAAGGAGUCCAGCAUCAUUGGAGUUGCAUUCGGUACAAUAACUGAGGAAGAUCGGCUGGAGUCGGCGGCUGUAUUCUUUGCAGGAAUGGAGAUGGGCUGGCUGAAGCCAGUGGUGGGACCUGAAUACACCCUGGAGAAAGUGGCUCAGGCUCAUGAGGAUAUCAUUAAGGGGCCUGGAACAAUGGGCAAGAUGAUUCUGACAAUGUAAGAUGCAGGAACAGAAGUCUGCCAUUCAGCCUGAUGAGACUGCUCCAGUGAGAUCAUGACUGGUCUGAUCAUCCUCAUUUUCACUUUCCAGCCUUUUCCUUGGUUACCUUCCUAAUUAAAACUCUGCAUAUCUCAACCUUGAAUAUACUUAAUGACCCAGCCUCAACAGUCCUCUGUGGUAAAGAAUUCCAUAGAUUCACUAAUUUAUGAAAAAGAUUCCUCCUCAUCUCUGUCUUAAAUGGGCACCCUGAGAUCAUGUCCUGUGGUCCUAUCCUCUCCCACAAAGGGAAGCAACAUCCUGCAUCCACCCUAAAAUCCAGAACAGCUCUGUUCUGCCCCAUUACCAGUGCCAGUGCCCAAUGAACUGAAACCCAUUCCAUCCAUCUUCAAGCUCCAUAUUUAACUUCUUGAUCUUAAUUCCACUAUGCUAGUUUGCCAGUGCAUCAGGUACUAAUCCUGAGGUUAUUAUCUUGGAGUUUCUGCUUUUUGGUUUAGCUGCUAACUGUUCAAAGUCUUUCAGCAAAACCUCCUUUGAAGUCGUGUCAAUAUUGUUAGUACCAAUGUGGAUGUCCAACAGCUGGGUCCCUCCCCUCCCAGGCCAAGUUCCCUUCCAGCUCUGAGGAUAUGUCCUUAACCCUGACACUUCAAGAUUCAUGUUCACAGCUGAAGAAAACAGUAUCUGUCCCUUACCACUCCUACCUUCCUACUUCCUCUUCCCCACGAGUGGCUCCCUGACCAAGUGCUGUGGUCAGAUGGCUUAUCUUCUCUGCAGUGCCCACUCCCAUUCACACAGCUUACAAGGACCACAGCUGUUGGACAGUUGCAGGGACAGAGGCUCUUCGACAGCUGCCUUCUAGAUUCCCUUACCUAACUCACCUACCAUUCACACCCUCCUGUCUUUGAUCACAGACCAAGUUUGAAUUUCCCAAUCCGACAGGUGUUACCACCUCCUGGAGCAAAACAUCUGAGUAACUUUGCUCCUGCCCUGAUGCCAUGUAAUGUUUUGAAGAUGGGAGUUCGAUGUGUUCAAGCACUCCCAAUCUCCACUCACAUGUCAUGUUUGUAUGUCCAUUUGCAUUUAAGUCAAGUAUAUGAAUGAAAAAGUAA